AAUUAAUUUUCGUCUAUGGUGAUCUUUGCUAGCUGUCAAUUAUAUUGUUCUUCAAUGGUUUGUUUUUAUUUAAUGAAAUAAUUAAUUCCAAUCAGUCUUAGUGGCAAUUAAAUGAAAAGUGGUAAAGAUACAAAUAUGAAAUUGUAACGUACCGUGUCUGUUUUUUCUUUACAAUCAUUUAAAAGUGCCAUCAUUUGUUAACCUUAAACCUACAAUGCCGACAAAUAACAAGUUGUGUUUGUAAUAAUGGAUUCUUCGGAUGAUGCGGCAUCUGUUCGAAAUCCUAUUAAAGAAGGAUGUGAAAAAGAGGCAAGUAAGGAAAAUAAAUGCAUAGAUAGGCCGGUGAGCCAACUCGUUGGGAUUGAAAAUGUGUUUACAUCAAUGUCACAAGAACGAAGUUCUAGUUUUGUUCCAGUAAAUGGUUCUCGACCUCGGUCGAGUGAUGAUUCUGAACAAAAGGUUAACCGAACAAAGGAAAAUAUUUUACAAAAUGAUACGAUUGGAAAUACAAUUGACGGAAAUCAAAAGCAAGUGGCAAAUAAUGCGAUAAAUAAAUUUCACAAUAUUGAAAGUCCAAGUAAAGUUGAAUCAGCCUGUGAUAAAAGUUUCGAUUCCAACUGUGAGAAAUCAUGUCAGAGGUACAAAAUGUAUGCAGAUAAAGUAGGCAACAGUAGCUGUGUGAAUGGUCCUUCAACAAGUGGCACAAAUAAAUCUUUUGAUAAUAUUGAAAGUGGUGGCAUUCGAGAAAACAGAAAACGACCUUCAACACUCAGGCUAGACAGACCAAACAUAGAUGACAAUGAUAGUUCAAGUGACACUGGUAAUGAUGAUUACUCUUUGGGCUCUGAAGAUGGCUGUAUUUACACAUAUAGGGGAGGUGAACACUUGGCAGAUCUACCAAGUUCCUUUUUUAGCCUAGACAUGGGCUUGCCUUUAGAUAGGCAUCUCCCAUUGCUUCCAAAUUAUCCAGUCCCUCAGCAGGGGCCAGGGAAUGCCAGGGAACAAGGCUCAAGGGCAUCCAGUCCGGAUAUGGAUUUUUUGGAGAUGGAUUUCGAUCCUGGGCCAUCCUGUGAAGUUGAUACAGAUGAUGAAUCAAGCCCGGAUGCUGAUUUAGAAGUGGCAAACAGUUUGCCAGAAGAAAUUGAACCGGUAAUUAGGGGUACCACACCAGAAUAUUUGCCUAAUCCUGUUGUAAAUCCUCAACCAUCUACCAGUACAGCACAUAAUGAUGUUGAAACACAUAGUCUAAGUGUCCCAUCUACAAGCUGUGUUCAGGAUUUGCCCCAAAGAAAUAUAGAAGAAGAAGUAACAACAGAUCAAGAGUAUGGACCCUACAUCACACAUGUAAACUUUAGGGGUGAACAGUUUUUAGUCAGAAGGACAAUCUCAAGUUGGCCAAGUAAUACACUGUCAGGGUUACAUGUGUCCAAUGGAGAUUUGGUAUCACCAAGAGAAGUAAUAAAUUAUGACGAAGAUUGUAAUGAUGGAGCACAUACUUAUGAAAUCAAUAAAGGAGAAAGACCAACUGGAGAUUCAGUAAAUAUUCCUACAACUCUUUAUCAUAUUACAAUGGCUAAGAGGCUCAUAAUUCAGAAGACUUGUUCCGAUAUUGAAAGUCAGGAUGCAGCUAAUAUGAGUCGGGACCAAGGAGCGGGGUGCAGUAGUGACGGCGACACAGGAUGUGUGGAGCCCCCACAGUGCAUGGUGUGGUCGGAGCGUGAGGCCUGUGAACGACAGGUCACUCAGAUUGGCACAUCUGCUUGUGGGGCAACAGCAGUUGUUAACGUUUUUAUUGCUCUUGGUGUGCCCGUGGACAUUGAAAGAAUUAAAGCAGCAGUGGGAACGAGACAAAGGGCGAAUAAUGCGCCUAUACCCAGGUAUUUGCUGUCGCGAGCGGUCGCAGGCUGCACUGCAGCAGACUUGGUGACAGGGAUACAAAGAGCUUCAGAUGGAUUGGUGACGGCUCGAUUCUUUCCCUUGCAUCCCGAACGUGCUAUGUCACUGUCACACUGGCUCGCUGACUGGAUAUCUCUAGGAGCUGUACCAAUCCUGACAUUAAAUCUUCAAGUGGGAUGUGAAGGGGAAAUACCCGAUGCGUGGCAUCAUCAAAUGGUGUUCGGUGUAUCUCCUCGUGGUGUGUACCUGUGCAACCCUUGUGAAUGUGUGCCGGAGAGAGCAUUGUGGCCGCGCCUCACCUCGCCCUCGGUGUUACUUGUGCGGGCAAGAGAUAUCCUUGCCAGGUUAUCUCCGAAUACAGAUUUAAGUGUGCUCAUGGCUGUACCGGAUAGAAGGUUUCAUACUUUCAAUGUACUCGGUCAAGUGGCAAGUGUGAUCCGUGAGUGGCGGGCGCACGGGUGGAGAGAGGCGGGCGUCGGCGCGCGCUCGCGGCACGUCAGGUUGCCGGCGGCGUACCAGGCCGGCGUCACCUUCGCCGCACUCACCGGCUCCGAGGCGCACCGCCGGCUUGUGCACGCCCCCCUGCCGCCCACACUAGGUACUCGGAAGGUAUCGGAUGGAUGUCGACCAGAGCAAUAAUUUUGUGUCGCAAUUCGCGAUUGAAAAAAAAAUAUAUAUUUAGAAUACCACCGAAUUAAAAACUCAUAUUUCAGUUAUAAAUCUAUUUGGCUAACUAUUAAUUGCUACGAUUGCUAAUGAUCUUUGCUUUGAAAAUUAGUGCUCACAAAAUUUACGAAAAAAUUACACGUAUCUAAAAUUGGCUGUCAAAGUAAUAUAAUAGAGCGAGACGAACGUAUACACAAUCGCUAUAGGUGCGACAAAGACGACAUCCGUUCUGUCUGUUACUUAUUGGCAACUUUAGAAACGUAAUUUUUGGACAGUUAUUACUCGUGUUAUAAUAGCCUUUGUCACAAGUAUUAGUAUUUAUAAAGUAAUAUUUUAUAUACAGGGUUUCCCAAAAGGUUACGUACAUAGGAAGGGGGAUGA